AUGUUAAGUCAUUUGAAAAAAUCCAAUUCACCUUCAUAUAUUAUCCAUGACAAAUAUAAUAAUCAUAUAACACGUACCAUUGAUCACAAUCACAUGAUCUCCCCUUCAAAUGUCAUCAAUCCACCGCCGAAUAGAAAAUCAAUUCGUGCUAGUAGUUCAACAAUUCCAAAUCAACAAACUAUAUCACCACAGGAGAAUCUUUCACAAUCAUCAAUCUAUUCUAAUGAAUAUUUACAAUCAACUCAUUAUCCAGACAUGACACUGCAAUCAUUGAUUUCAAGAGAGAUUGAUUUGUCAAAUCAUGAAAUAAGUAUAUGUCAUACAUUAUCUGGUUUAACUAGUCGACAACGUUAUAUUUGUGCACAACAUACUGGUCUAGUAUGGGCAAUGCUUGAAGGUACACAUUUAAGCAUGUUGGAAUGUGUACAUCAAUUUAAACAUGAACAAUGGAAUUGUUCAGCAGUGAAUUUAUUAUAUCGUGUCAAUACUAAAUCAACCACUCUGUCAUCAAUUCAUGGAUUAGAAGGAAUUUUACAACGUGGAUCAAGAGAAACUGCGUUUCUUUCAUCUUCAUGGUCAGCUGGUGUAGUACAAGCAAUAACUCGAGCCUGUAGUCGAGGUCAAAUGGGAACAUGUGAUUGUGAUCCACGUCGACGUGAAGGUCAAGGUAGAGAUGCUGAAGGAAUUUUCACUUGGGGUGGAUGUAGUGAUCCAAUACGAUUCGGUAUGCGUUUAGCACGAUUGUUUUUGGAUGCAAAUGAUGAAGAACAUCGUAAUGCUGCAGUUAGAAGAGAACAAGAACUUCAAGAACAAAAAAUGCAACUGUUAUCAUCGAUGAAAUUCAGUAGUCAAGAUAAACAAAAUCCAAGAAAACGUCAUAGAACUUAUAGAUUUUCACGUUCAAUUAGUAAUAGUACAUCCGAUCAAAAUUUCAAAUCAGACAUCCUGAAAAAAGUAGAAACCUCAGUUAAACAAGAGAAUCAGUCUAAAACUAUCCUUUCACCUAGAGAAAUUCAAGCGGAGACAUUGCAAAUUAUUCAGACGAAAGCCAGAACAUUGAUGAAUUUACACAAUAAAAAAGCUGGAAGGCGAUUAAUAUGGAAAAAUCGUGUAACUCAAUGUAAAUGUCAUGGUGUCAGUGGUGCUUGUUCAAUGCGUACAUGUUGGCAACGUGUUAAUGAAUUUCGUCUUAUUGGUAUGCUGCUUAAAUCAGCCUAUAAUUCAGCUAUACAUGUCACUUAUGAACCAAGAUUAGAUAUACUCAAACGAAUUAACACUAAACUGAAUUCGAAUAAUUAUAUGCCACGAAGAAAUCAUCCAUUAGUAUCGUCAAAUUAUAAUACAAAUUCAAAGAAUUGGUUAGUAUUCGUUAAAAAUCAAACGAAUCACAAUAGAAAACAUUAUUUAAAUGAUUUUUUAUAUAAUGAACAAGUUCAUCGUAGAUGGCCACGUAUGACAAUGAUGAAAUCAAGAGAUAUACCAAAUAAUCAAUUAGUCUACUUGGAAGAAUCGCCUAAUUAUUGUUAUUUUGAUGAAACGAUAGGUCAUUUAGGUAUUGCUGGAAGACAAUGUAAUGCCACGUCAAAUGAUGCUGUCAAUUCAUGUUCACGUUUAUGUUGUGAUCGAGGCUAUGAUACAUUGGAAUUUGAACGUGAACAAAAAUGUGAAUGUAAAUUCUUUUGGUGCUGUGAAGUACGAUGCAAUCUAUGCCGAGAACGAACUGUUCUACAUCAUUGUAAACAUUGA